UUUUUGUUGUUGUUGCUGGCAAAUGAGACCAAUUUAGGUGGCUGUAAAAAAGAAAACGUUAAAAGAACAGCCAAGCUAAUCAGAAACAAAGAAAUCUUAUCGUACAAUCCCAAUCAGUAAGUAAGUGAGUAGCAACAGCAAAGCAGCACGAUGCCGCAAUACGUGCCAAUAACGGGCUUCAAGCAGCUGGAGGAUGCACUGAAGGUGCACGCCAAGAACAACUGCCUCAUCUAUAUGUAUUUCUUUGGCGAGAAGGACAGCACGGGUCGCAGCUGGUGUCCCGACUGUGUGGCAGUUGAGGAUCUGGUGGAGACGGCAUUCCGUGAAUAUUCGCAUCCAAAUUCCUUGAUCUACACGGUGAACGUGGGAGAUCGCGCCGCCUGGAAGGACAAAUCGCCGGCCAACAAAUUUCGCCUGCCGCCGUUCAAUCUGACCGUUAUACCGGCACUGCUGCGCUGGAACAACUCGGAGCGUUUGGAUGGCGAUCAGCUGCUGAAGCCCGAUCUGCUGAAGCUCUUCUUCGACGAGGCAAAGUCGCAGAGCGCCACCGACACUACAAUCCCAUGCAAAUAAUAAUAGUGAAUAAGCCGCAUAACUGUAUUUGACCGCUAGCCAGCGAAGGUUGGCGUACGUGUAGUUGUGUGCGUGUCCGUGUGUUUGUGUGCGCCGAGUAUGCGAAUGCAUGUGCGUGCGUGCGCCUGUGUGCGUGUGCAUGAAAAUAGAGAGAGCGAGAGAGGGAGAGAGAGAGAGAGAGAGAGAGAGAGAGAGAGCGCAAUAAACACGCUGUUGAGCGCAACUCAAUGGCCAUAGCUAAACU